AUGGAUCUUCAGGGCAACCCUAACCCCCCCGGUCUCCGCAGCACCAAGGUCACCAACGACCCUCUUGCCUCCCAGAAGCCUAUUGAGGAGCCCUCAGGCCCUGUGACAAAUGACUCCCUCGCCGCCGAGUCCGUUCGCAAGGGCGGCGGCUUCUCCGAGAACCGAGGCGCCGAGCCCAUGGGUGUCUCGGGCGCCCAGUCCACUCUCAGUAACACCGACACCUCAUCUGCUACUGCUCUCCCCUCUGCCCCUGUUGGCGCUCUCCGGGAGGAUCGCCAGCGGCAGGAGAAGUACCCCGAGGCCCUGGGCGGCCAAGGCGACUUCCCCGGCGCCCACCUCCCCGAGUCUGGGUACACAGGUGGCCCGACAGCUGCCAAGCAGCAGAUGGGCCUGCACGCCGGCGAGUACCCUGCCUCUGCGAAGUUGUCGGGGCAGGCUGCCGCGGGUGGCAGCAGCCAGUACUACGCCGGCCAGGCGCCGUCGUACACCACUGAUAUCACCGACGGCUACCACCACCAGACUCCCAAGGGCAAGAACCUGAGGGAGGGCGGCUUUGAAUCCAAUGACCGCAACAAUGCCAGCUUUAACUCGGAUAUCGGCUCCAAGCAGGACCCUGGUCGUGCCGCCGAGAACAAGUUCCAGCGCUAUGUCGCCGAGAGUGGCCUGGAUGUCGGUGGUCCUCGCCAAAAGAACCUCGACAACCAGACCUGGUACCAACCUUUGGAACGGGACCAGCGCGCUUAA